GGGGAGCCUGCGGGGAGGCGGAGUCGCCUCGGCCGCAGCUGCUGCCCCAGCUCGGGAUUUGAAAGAUUAUAAAGUCCGGGCAGGGAGGGCGGCGGCUUCGGAUGCGCGUGUGGCGGAAGCGCCGGCGGCAUGAACUACCCGGGCCGCGGCGCCCCGCGGAGCCCCGAGCGUAACGGCCGCGGCGGCGGCGCCUGGGAGCUGGGCUCGGACGCGGCGGGCGCGUUCGGCGGCGGCGGCGGCUGCUGCUUCGAGCACCAGCCCGGGGACGGCGUGCCGCUGGCGCUGCUGCGCGCCGAGCCGCUGCACCUGGCGCCGGGCUCCGACGAGCUGAGCCACCUUGCCCUGGACUCGUGCCUCAGCGACGAGAACUACGACUUCAGCUCGGCCGAGUCGGGCUCGUCCCUGCGCUACUACAGCGAGAGCGAGAGCGCGGGCGGCGGCAGCUCCUCUUCGCCUCCGCCGCCGCCGCUGGUCGCCUCGAACGCGGGGGGCGGCGGGGCGGCGGGAGGGGGCACCGGGGAGAGGAAGCGCGCUCGGCCGGGCAGCUCGGCAGCCCGGCAUCGCUACGAGGUGGUGACGGAGCUGGGCCCCGAGGAGGUGCGCUGGUUCUACAAGGAGGACAAGAAGACCUGGAAGCCCUUCAUCGGCUACGACUCGCUGCGCAUCGAGCUCGCCUUCCGGACCCUGCUGCAGACCACGGGGGCCCGCGCCCGCGCCCGCACCCGCGCGGGGGGCCGCGAUGGAGACCCGGCGUGCGGCCCGGCCUCCAGCUCCGGGGAGGAAGACGACGAGGACCGCGCCUGCGGCUUCUGUCCGCGCGCGGCGGGGCCCGAGCCGGAGAUGGAGGAGCUGGUGACCAUCGAGCCGGUGUGCGUGCGCGGCGGCCUCUACGAGGUGGACGUCACUCAAGCAGAGUGCUACCCGGUGUACUGGAACCAAGCUGAUAAAAUACCAGUAAUGCGUGGGCAGUGGUUUAUUGAUGGGACUUGGCAGCCUCUAGAAGAAGAAGAAAGUAAUUUAAUUGAGCAAGAACAUCUCAGCUGUUUUAGAGGUCAGCAGAUGCAAGAAAACUUUGAUAUUGAAGUGUCAAAAUCCAUAGACGGAAAAGACGUUGUCAGCCACCUCCCUCCCUUCUCCCUCCCUUCUCUGUUCAAAUGGAGAGCAUAUAAGGAGAGUGCAGAUGCCACAGGUCUUAAGCGAAAGCGUUCCCAAGCUGUUCAUAGUUUCAAACUGAGUCGGAACCAUGUGGAUUGGCAUAGCAUGGAUGAAGUGUAUCUCUACAGUGAUGCAACAACAUCCAAAAUUGCCAGAACCGUCACCCAAAAACUGGGAUUUUCUAAAGCCUCCAGUAGUGGGACCAGGCUUCAUAGAGGCUAUGUAGAAGAAGCCACGCUGGAAGACAAGCCAUCGCAGACUUCUCACAUUGUGUUUGUUGUGCAUGGCAUUGGACAGAAGAUGGACCAAGGAAGAAUUAUAAAGAACACAGCCAUGAUGAGAGAGGCUGCAAGGAAAAUGGAAGAAAGGCAUUUUUCCAGCCAUGCAACACACGUCGAGUUUCUGCCUGUUGAAUGGCGAUCAAAGCUCACUCUUGAUGGAGACACUGUUGACUCCAUCACUCCUGACAAAGUGCGCGGCCUGAGGGACAUGCUGAACAGUAGUGCGAUGGACAUAAUGUACUAUACCAGCCCACUUUAUAGGGAUGAGCUAGUUAAAGGCCUUCAGCAAGAGCUGAACCGAUUAUAUUCCCUUUUCUGUUCUCGGAACCCAGACUUUGAAGAAAAAGGGGGUAAAGUCUCAAUAGUGUCCCACUCCCUGGGGUGUGUGAUCACUUAUGACAUCAUGACGGGCUGGAACCCGGUUCGGCUCUAUGAGCAGCUGCUACAGAAGGAGGAAGAGCUGCCUGAUGAGCGCUGGAUGAGCUAUGAAGAGCGGCAUCUCCUCGAUGAGCUCUACAUAACCAAACGACGGCUGAGGGAAAUAGAAGAACGGCUGCAUGGAUUGAAGGCGUCAUCCACAUCACAGACACCUGCCUUAAAAUUCAAGGUUGAGAAUUUCUUCUGUAUGGGAUCCCCGCUAGCAGUUUUUUUGGCAUUGCGUGGCAUCCGACCAGGAAAUACUGGAAGUCAAGACCACAUUUUACCUAGAGAGAUUUGUAACCGCUUACUAAAUAUUUUUCAUCCUACAGACCCAGUGGCCUACAGAUUAGAGCCAUUAAUUCUGAAGCACUACAGCAACAUCUCCCCAGUCCAGAUCCACUGGUACAACACUUCAAACCCUCUACCUUAUGAGCAUAUGAAGCCAAACCUUCUCAACCCAGCAAAAGAGCCUACCUCAACUUCAGAGAGUGAAAACAUCGCCAACAUCCCGAGCCCCGUGACCUCCCCAGUCUUAUCACGGCGCCACUAUGGAGAGUCCAUAACUAACAUUGGCAAAGCAAGCAUAUUGGGGGCUGCUAGCAUUGGAAAGGGGCUUGGAGGAAUGCUGUUCUCAAGAUUCGGACGUUCUUCAGCGCCGCAGCCGCCUGAGACGCCUAAGGACACAGUGGAAGAUGAGAAGAGGCCUGUCGCCUCUCCCUCUGCCACCACCGUGGCGACGCAGACCCUGCCGCACAGCAGCUCCGGUUUCCUUGACUCUGCCUAUUUCAGACUUCAAGAAUCGUUCUUUUAUCUCCCACAACUUCUUUUUCCGGAAAAUGUAAUGCAGAGUAAAGAUGAUAGCCUCGUGGAACUGGAGCACAGGAUUGACUUUGAACUCAGAGAAGGCCUCGUGGAGAGCCGCUAUUGGUCAGCCGUCACAUCGCACACUGCCUACUGGUCAUCCUUGGAUGUCGCUCUUUUUCUUUUAACAUUCAUGUACAAACAUGAGCAUGAUAACGAAGCAAAACCCAGCCUAGAUCCAAUCUGAACUCUGGAAGGAUAUGACUGGCCCAAACUUUUUUUUCCUGUUAAAAUGUGUCAAGAUACAGAGAUUCCAAGAUUCCAGUUUUGUUUAGGGCAAGAAAUACUUUAAUUUCUAAGCACUUUAUUUUAUUUUUAAAAGAGAACAAACACAUUUUCAGUUCUAAAGACGUUAUUUACUGUUUCUGUAAUUUUGGCUACGAGUCUAGCAAAGCCCCUGCAGAGACUCACCAGGCGUGCGAGGAAGUGCGGUGGGCUUGGGUGAGCUGUGUGGAGGCAGCCGUCAUGGUCCAGUUCUCCAGAGGAGUCUAAUAUAAUGUGUUAACCUAAAGGUGUUCUAACUCUCGGGUGGUCAGAACCCAGUACAUUCUGUGUGGUGACUAUAAGGUGGCAUCAUGGUUUUUGAUUCUGUGAAGGCUUCCAUGUCCACAGUUCCUUUGAAGGAAGAAUAUAACAAAUAUGAAAUGUUCUAAAUUCCACUUGUUUUAAAAAAAAAACCUAAUGCUAAAAGCAAUAUUUGAACUAUACUUAUAAUUUAUUAUCCCUAGUUAUUUCAGUGUAUGAAACAUUACAUGUUUAAUGUUUCUUUUGAGUCACACUUAUUUUGUAUCAUGUUGAGGUCCCUUUUUCCCCAAAAUCUUUCAGAUGACCAGGUGAUGCUGUGGCAUACGUCAGGUUUUUGGGGUUUUUUUGUUUUGUUUUUCAUUAAAAACAUGGUUUCACACAGCACCAGUUCAAUUUUUUUUUAUAUCCCAUGUACCUGAGAGCAAGCUAGAAGUUUCCAACACAGGGACCCCACCUUGGGUAUAUUUACUGCAUUAGCUGUGUUAGAAAAUGAGGAAACACCUUUGGACUAGAGAAUAUGAUGACUUGAAAUACAUAAACACCUGUGUGCCAAACAGCUAACGCGUGAAGGGAUGGAAUGCCACCAGCAGUUACUGUUUACAGCUCAAAGCGUUACAUGAGGGCACAGUAACGGACAGUGAGCCACAGGGUUUCUGGGCUGUAAUUGUUUCCACAGUGCCGUCUGUUCAUCUGGAGUGCAUUCAGCGGUCUUGCAGCGGCGCCCCGAGGUAAGUGAGCGUGUGUUACCGUGUCUCGUGUGUAUACUGAGGCACCAGUAUUUGCAGUGCCUUGCAUUAGGUUACACAGAAAAUGGAGACAGUUUGGAUUGAAGCCAGACCGUAUCUUUUCUGUGCUGCUUGAUGACUUCUUUCACACGUGGCCCUGAAGAGUCUGCAGAUGUUAAUAAGCUGGAAAAUAAUGCUGGCUGGGAAGCCCAGCGUUACCUGCAGAUACCUCCUACAGAAGGCGGUUCGCUUAGGGCAACAGUAGCUGUCCUUGCCAUGGCCAACACUGGCUUCCGGGCGGCUCCCUGCGCUCCACUCAAGGUGCUGUCUUUCUCGUGUGUAAGGGGUUUUGCAGCUGCUGGGAGCAGAGCCAGUCAGUCCACACACACCCCUCUCUUUUCUCUGCAGGGUGGCAGAGCCCGCGGCUUUCUGUGGGUGUUAGUGCUUGCCCUCAGUGCUGUCAGCUCCUCGCCGCCAUUGAGUUUGCCAAGACUGCGUGACCUAGUGAGUGGUCACGAAGCCCUCGCUGUGAAGGCUGUUGAUGAGGCUUAGCAGAGCUGAGCAGCAUCUUUUGAGUUUGGAGAUGCCUGAGAACUCAGUGAUUUUCACAGCCUAGUUACUUAGCGGGUCUCAUUUAAUUCUCAGGAAAAUUAAACCCGUGUUGUAUGGCUGUCAUUAAAGGUGGCUGAGCAUAUGCUGAAUGUCAACCGAAAGGAAAAGUUUGCUUCCGUAAGCAAAGGAGUAUGUCUGCUUUUCCCCACUGCAGAGCAGUCGAGUUGAUGUCACUGCAUGGGUUGACGUCAACUCUUGGAAAGAACAGCAUUCAAACCACUCUCUCAAUGAAAAGUAGAUGCUCUGCACCUCUGGACAGCUGUUUCCGGUAUUAAUUUCAUCAAUACCAAUGGCGAUUUUGGUUUUAUAGCUCGUCUCCAUCUCUGCAUGUAGUCAUGGGAUGUGCUGGCAUAUAAUGUGUGAUUCAGACUUGAUUUAGAAGCCAAGUCAAUUACCAAGUAACAGUGUGCAAUUUUAUUCCAGCAAGUACUAAAUUGGCCCCCAAAGGUCCUGGUUUUGAUACUAAUUAAAAUUCUAUUCUCUA